AUGCGGUCAGCCAAGCAACACCAAGAUGUCAACUUGUUGAAACCAAGAUUCGUGAAGUCUACCCGACGAAUAACCGAGCCCAUAACCAAGAUUAAGCAUUCUCACCCCACGAGCGAAUCUCCAGAACCCAAGUCCCUUCGGUUGGUCAAGAACAGAACCAGUCGUACCGUCGACCUCCAAAGUCCAGGCUCACUUCUCGCUGACAAUUUUAUUGCGAGCCUUGACCAGUACCGUGAAACUGUCUCGAAUCAAGCCACGAAAAACAUUGACCGCGUUCAUGCAGAGCUCACUGCUUCCCUGGACAAUCUCUCGCUCGACACCAAUCAUCGUUUCGAGCAACUCACAACCAUUGACGAAACACUCAGCAGACCCUUCAGCACAGAGACACUGAUCAUUCAAGUGGUGGCAGAUGAUGACAACCUCAGAGACCAAGAAGAGUUCUCCUUGCAGACACGCUUGACUGCAUUCCGGAAACUGCAACAAGACAAGCAACACGUUUUGACACAUCUAUGGGACGAUUGGGAAGCCGUGCAGCUGGAGAUCAUUACCUUGACUGCUGAAGUCUGUGGCUCACGCGCUGUCAGUCUCAGUCAAGACCAAGCAAGCACGAUGAAAGAUGGUCAACAGGAACAGUACGACUCUGUUCUUGUUAAAGGACAAAAGCUUCAUGAUCAAGAGGUCAUUGAGACGAACGUUCUGCAUAAGGAGUUUUCAGAUCUCGAGGAUAGCAUCAGUCACAUCACUGGCAAUACCAACCAUGCUGUCGUGGCUAUACAGCAGAAAUACAAGGUUCAGCGGAGCAAAUUGUUUCAAGGACUCCAACGCCACAUCGAGCUUCUUGCAUCCCUUUAG